UUCAACAUAUAAAGAAGUUAUACGUGGUGUUCUCUCCUGGUUACACUGCUUGCCUUCUGACAGUUCGUUUUAUCUUACCCUAAUUUGAACCAAUAUCUCCUCCUUCUCGUUAAGGUGUUUUUGUUGGGACUUUUUUUUAAAAAAAAUUCCUUUGAUUAUAUAUUGUGAUCGUGAAAAUCCACGAAAAUGUGUGGGAUUCUUGCCGUUCUGGGUUGCUCUGACGACUCUCAGGCCAAAAGGGUUCGUGUGCUUGAGCUCUGUCGCAGAUUGAAGCAUCGUGGGCCUGACUGGAGUGGGAUCUACCAACAUGGGGACUCUUAUUUGGCUCAUCAACGGCUGGCAAUUCUUGAUCCUGCUUCUGGUGAUCAACCUCUCUUCAAUGAAGACAAAUCCAUCGUUGUCACGGUGAAUGGAGAGAUUUACAAUCAUGAAGCACUGAGGGCAGGCUUGAAGAAUCACAAGUUCCAAACAGGCAGCGAUUGUGAUGUUAUUGCCCAUCUGUACGAGGAAUAUGGGGAGAACUUUGUGGGCAUGUUGGAUGGGAUUUUCUCCUUUGUGCUAUUGGAUAUCAGAGACAACAGCUUCAUUGUUGCCCGUGAUGCCAUGGGCGUCACUUCUCUCUAUAUUGGAUGGGGGCUUGAUGGAUCCAUUUGGAUUUCAUCUGAACUGAAAGGUUUGCACGAUGAUUGUGAACAUUUCGAGUGCUUUCCACCCGGUCACUUGUAUUCGAGCAAAACAGGUGGAAUGAGGCAAUGGUAUAAUCCCCCCUGGUUCUCCGAGGCCAUACCAUCAACUCCUUAUGAUCCUCUUGUUCUAAGACAUGCAUUUGAAAGUGCUGUAGUCAAAAGGCUCAUGACUGAUGUGCCUUUUGGGGUUCUGUUAUCCGGAGGCCUGGAUUCAUCCUUAGUUGCUAGCAUCACGGCUCGUUACUUGGCAGGCACGAAGGCUGCCAAGCAAUGGGGUGCACAGCUCCAUUCCUUCUGUAUUGGACUGGAGGGUUCCCCAGAUCUGAAAGCUGCAAAGGAAGUUGCAGAUUACUUGGGGACUGUCCACCAUGAGUUCCAUUUUACUGUUCAGGAUGGUAUCGAUGCCAUUGAAGAUGUUAUAUACCAUAUUGAAACCUAUGAUGUUACAACUAUAAGAGCAAGCACACCUAUGUUUCUCAUUUCUCGGAAGAUCAAGUCACUUGGGGUAAAGAUGGUCAUCUCUGGUGAAGGGUCUGAUGAGAUUUUUGGUGGAUAUUUAUACUUCCACAAGGCACCUAACAAGGAGGAAUUUCACCAUGAAACCUGUCGCAAGAUCAAGGCCCUUCACCAGUAUGAUUGUUUGAGAGCUAACAAAGCAACUUCUGCAUGGGGGUUGGAAGCCCGAGCACCUUUCUUAGAUAAAGAAUUCAUUGAUGUUGCAAUGGCUAUUGAUCCUGAGUGGAAGAUGAUUAAGCAUGAACAAGGACGCAUUGAGAAAUGGGUUCUCCGGAGCGCAUUUGAUGAUGAGGAGCGUCCCUAUCUGCCUAAGCAUAUUCUGUAUAGGCAAAAAGAACAAUUUAGUGAUGGUGUUGGCUAUAGUUGGAUUGAUGGGCUGAAAGUUCAUGCUGCUGAAAAUGUAACAGACAAGAUGAUACAAAAUGCUGAGCACAUCUUCCCACAUAACACUCCGACUACAAAAGAAGCCUACUACUAUAGAAUGAUUUUUGAGAGGUUCUUCCCCCAGAACUCGGCUAGGCUAACUGUUCCUGGAGGAGCUAGUAUUGCUUGUAGUACUGCCAAAGCCGUUGAGUGGGAUGCUGCGUGGUCGAAUAAUCUUGAUCCUUCUGGCAGGGCUGCUCUUGGUGUCCACCUUUCUGCAUAUGCUCCAAAUUCCACUGCACCAGCAGCAGGGAUCAUGCCAGCCAAUAUGACCGACAACUUCCAUCGUAUGGUGGAGUUGAGUGCCCCUGGUGUUGCAAUCCAAAGCUGACGACGGUUGCUAGUGGAGAGGGUGUUCAAUGAUUUUCAGGGUAGAAUAUAUCCUUGGCAUCCUCCAUAAGGUUUAGAUGCCCAGUUAGUUGUAUAAAAUUAUGUAUGUAGUAAAGGUGUGAGAGCUUAAUUAGAAAUAUCCUAUAUGCUCGGGCAGUCUGGCUUGAAAAUCCUGAGGUUUUCAUUGCCUUGUAUCCUUCUUUCAAUUCAAUGUUUUGAAGUGUGUUUAUCAAAUAUUAUGUAGUUGUUUUA